CUCUUCCUGGGGGACUCCUCUCUUCCACCGCCCCCCAGCCCCGCCCCGCCCCCUCCCGUUUCCGGUCCCAAGCCCGGUGGAAGGCGGAUGGCGGAUGUCCGAGUUAGUGCUGCCUCACUCACUGCGAGACCGUAAAAGGGCAGGAGCAGUGUCUGGGCCAGCCUCCUGUCCCCACCCCCAGCCGGCGGCCCGGCCCUCCACAGGGCCCCCUCUUUUGGCCAGGCAAAGCCUCUACUCCUGGGGGGAUGCCUGUCCCACCAGAGCCAGAGGGUUACUCCCACCUCCUAAGGGCUGGUCUUCCUUAGUAGUGGUCACGGUGGUCACAAGGAAGUUUCUGGUCUUUGAGCCUUUUCCAAGGAUAGCUGGAAUUUAAAAUGACCCCUCCUCCUAUAUUCCCAACUGGGGAAACUGAGGUUCAAAGAGAAGAAACCCUGGGGCAAGAUCUCUAAGAAAUUCUUAGGCAAUUUUAGAAGAGGGGAAAAGCUGGGAUUGCCUGUUUCUGGCCAGUUUGGCUGAGACCGACCUGGAGGAAGUUGGAAGAGAGGAUGUUAGAUGGAAAAUUACAAGAUAUAGUUCUUUUUCUCCCAGUUUGACAAAUAUUUGUUGAGUGUUUGCUGUGUCCGGGAGCUAGGCUUCUGGGAAGACACAGAAGAGGGGCAGAGGUCAGAGACUGGAAGGCAGAAAAGACUUAGGAAGAAUUUGGGUCCUUUUCAUGUCUUUCUUCUGACAGUAGUAGUAGAAAUUCUUGUUCUUAUCUUUUCUUCAAAGAUAAGACUAUGUGGUCAGAUAUCUACUUUGUCCCAUACACUGUGCUAGGUUUCUGAGUUAGCUGAAUCCCCACCAUUCUAAGGACAAUACUGUAACAGAUGGGGAAACUGAGGCAUGGGGCAGUUAAGCAAAUUGUCGGUUAAAAUCAAACAGUUUAAAAGUGUCCAAGGUUGAAUUUGAACCUAGGACUAUCUCCAACUACUAUGCUAUUGAAGAAAAAGAAAACCUUAAGUGUUUCGUUUUGUUUUUUAAAGUACAAGUAACAUGGUUUUAUCCGGGGAGGAGGGCUUGAGGUAACUUAGGUAAGCAAAAAGAGACCCAAGCUAGAGCUUUUUAAUGGGUAGCUGAGGCCUGCCUGGAAGGAGGGACUUCAGGGAAACCACACAAGUCCCACAGACUCUGAACUAGUUCCCUAUCCAGGGUUGAUCAAAAGAUUUAUAGUUUAGGAAGGUUGUGUGUGUGCGUAUCACAAGUUUUGUGAUGUAAGGAGGUUACAGGGUAGUCUUGGGGCGUGCUCAGUGAAGGGAAGAGCAACACUGGUGUGGAGGUUUACGUAACCUGGGGUUGCUGUGCUUGGUUAACCCCAGUGUUGGGAAGCUCCUUCUCUUAUGUUUUGACUCUCAGCUCUCACAGGUGGAAUAAAUGCCAGUUUCCAGUUCCUGAGUUUAGAGCUUUGUAUCCAUGACCACUUUUUCAUCCUUAGAACAAACCCAGUUUCCAGGGCUCGAAACUGAAGCUCAGAGAGUCUGUCGAAAGGGUAAGAAUCAGAGUCUAUCUGAGGAGGCUGGAGAGCCACACAGGGUGGAAAUUGGAGCACAGUGCGUGGAACAGUGUCUGGGACGCAAGCUAGCCCAUCAGCGUCAGCUAUGAUCAAGAGCUGUGACAGUGGACAAGUCCCUCCGCAUCUCUGGGCCUCUGUUGCAGUCCCCACUUGCAAAAGGAGCUUUAAAAAUGGUCCAUCUCGAAGGGUUGCAGUGGGAACGAACGAGUCGGUUGUCUGUUCCAGCCGGGCCACUGUGAUGCUUUAUGAUGACAGCAACAAGCGAUGGCUCCCCGCAGGCACGGGUCCCCAGGCCUUCAGCCGCGUCCAGAUCUACCACAAUCCCACAGCCAAUUCCUUCCGGGUCGUGGGCCGGAAGAUGCAGCCGGAUCAGCAGGUGGUCAUCAACUGUGCCAUCGUCCGGGGUGUCAAGUACAACCAGGCCACCCCCAACUUCCAUCAGUGGCGAGAUGCCCGCCAGGUCUGGGGCCUCAACUUUGGCAGCAAGGAGGACGCAGCGCAGUUUGCUGCCGGCAUGGCCAGUGCCCUAGAGGCCUUGGAAGGAGGGGUGCCUCCUGGGCCUCCCACGCCCUCUACCUGGUCAGCCCAAAAUGGUCCCUCUCCAGAGGAGCUGGAGCAACAGAAAAGGCAGCAGCUGGGCCAGCCAGAGCACACGGAGCGUGAGCGCCGAGUCUCCAAUGCAGGAGGCCCUCCUGCUGCCCCAGCUGGGGUGCCACCCCCGCCUCCGGGACCUCCCCCUCCUCCAGGCCCCCCCCCACCUCCAGGCCUACCCCCUUCAGGGGUCCCAGCUGGACAUGGAGCAGGGGGAGGCCCACCCCCUGCACCCCCUCUCCCUGCAGCACAGGGCCCCAGUGGUGGGGGUGCUGGGGCCCCCGGCCUGGCCGCAGCAAUCGCUGGAGCCAAACUCAGGAAAGUCAGCAAGCAAGAGGAGGCCUCAGGGGGGCCCAUGGUCCCCAAAGCUGAGAGCAGUCGAAGCACAGGUGGGCUCAUGGAGGAGAUGAACGCCAUGCUGGCCCGGAGAAGGAAAGCUUCGCAAGUUGGAGAGAAACCCCCCAAGGAUGAAUCUGCCAGUCAGGAGGAGCCAGAGGCCAGAGUCCCAGCCCAGAGUGAACCUGUACGGAGACCCUGGGAGAAGAACAGCACAACCUUGCCAAGGAUAAAGUCAUUGUCUUCAGUGGCUGCUUCUGAGCCUCACUCCUCCACACCCAGCUCUGCCAAUGAGUCAGACCUGGAUAGCGUGAAGCAGGAGCUUCUGGAAGAAGUGAGGAAGGAACUGCAGAAAGUCAAAGAGGAGAUAAUUGAAGCCUUUGUCCAGGAGCUGAGGAAGCGGGGUUCCCCCUGACCAGGGACCCAGAAGACCCGUUUCUCCUUUCUGCACACCCUGCCUGUUAUCCUGCUUCCCUGCCUCAACUUGACAUAGAAUUGGCUGAAGACUACACAGGAAUGCAUUCCCCCCCCCCCAUCCCUCUUGGAAAAUUCCAGGGGGGUGUGGCUUCCCUGGCAACGGGCUCACAUCUAUACUGGCUGCUGAUUGGCUGGGGAGGCCCCCACCCUUCGCUCCCUUUGGUCCUUUCCCUCUGCCAUCCCCUUGGGGCUGGUCCCUCUGCUGGGGAUGUACCAAUUAACCCCACAGUAAGGGAGAAGGAGGGAGGGAAUUUCACAUUCCCUUGUUCUAGAUUCACUUUGACACUUAUGCCUUCGAUUUUUUGGUUUUUGUUUUUUUUAAAGAAAAAUAUAUAUAUAUUUGGGUUUUGGGGGGAAGGAAAAAUUUUUUUCUCUUUGGUUUUGAUAAAAUGGGGUGUGGGAGUUUUUAAAUGCAAUAGCUCCAGGCUUGCCCCGUUUGGGGCAGCUAUUUAAGAGGGGGUAUCCCAUCAGGUGGGGUUGAUUCCCCUCCCUCUGGCCCCUUCCCCUUUUCUAUGAGAAAUUAAGAUGCUGUAACUUUUUGGAACUUCAUUUUUUUCAUUUUUUUAUUUGGGUAGGUUUUAGGCUCCAGGCAUUUUUAUCCCCUGGGGAGAGUCAUUCAGGGGGAAAGGAGAGGAGGAGGAGGAAAACUCCUCUCUCUUCACCUUUAGGUUGAAAAUGGGCCCUUGCCUAAUAAACCUCCUGUUUUAUAAAUCUG